AUGAGCUUGGUCUACAUUCAACCCAAAGAUGGCCAGUAUAGAGAAAAGAAGAAGGAGAGGCAGAUCAUUCCAUGGGGGCCAGCAACACUUCUCUCUGGAGUGGGUGGAGAUGGCUGCAAACUGGAGAUUGAUUCUUUGGUUGAAGUGACUCUGGAAGGAGAUGUCUGCUAUGGUGUGAUCAAGUGGAUUGGGCAAGCUCCUGAGGAUGCAGACCCUUCUCUGAGGAGAAAAGUUCUUGCUGGCCUUGAAAUGGAAGAAGAGAUGGAGACUCUCACAGAUGGUACUCUGAAUGGAAAAAGGUAUUUCUCAUGUCCACCAUUGAAAGGACUCUUCUUGCCCCUCACCAAGUGUCGCAAAGAUCAACGAUUCUUUGAGAAGUCAUCAGCCUUAGAUGGCAUUCAUGCCCUAUCCCCAGCAGGAUGUGAAGUUGACCGGGAGGAAGUAGUCAGGGGUGCUAUAGAGCCCUGCACUGAUUUGAGGGUAAUGUGUAGUAGAUAUCGAGGCAUUCAGGGUCAUCUCAAUUCUUGCUACCUUGAUGCCACACUCUUUGCAAUGUUUAGCUUCUCUUCAGCAUUUGAUGGGAUACUAUUUCGGCCUCGAGAAGAUGCUGACAUUCCACAGUAUGAAGCUGUUCAAGGUGUAUUGAGAGAUGAAAUAGUGAAUCCAUUGCGAAGAAACUUAUAUGUCAAAGCUAGUCAUGUGAUGAAGCUUCGCACACUCCUUGAUCGGUUGAGCACUGUAGCUGGACUCACAUCAGAGGAGAAGGAUCCAGAAGAAUUCCUCCAAUCUCUUCUGGCACAGACUUUGAACACAGAGCCCCUGAUCAAGCUUGCAAAUGGUCAAAAGUCUUUCCUCUAUCAGCUCAUCCCUGACAAAGAUGAACGCUUAGUCCUUCCCACAGUCCAGCAGUUAUUUGACCAAUCUUGCCUUGGCACAUCCAUCAAGUUCCUUGAGGUACCACCCUGUCUGAUCAUCCAAUUGCCAAGAUGUGGAAAGCAGUAUAAGAUGUACCCACGCAUCCAACCUUCCUUAGUGUUGGAUAUCACUGAUAUAUUGGAGAAUGUCCCUCGAUCAUGUCACUGUUGCGGUCAUGUGGCUGAAGAGGACUCAAAUUCACUGCCCGUCCCAAGAGCCCACAUGGAAUUGUUUGCUGUUGUUUGUAUUCACACAUCUCAUUAUGUAGCCUUUGUGAAAGGAGGAAGUGGUGCUGAUGCUCCAUGGUGUUUCUUUGACUCCAUGGCUGAUAGAGAAGGUGGUGAAACAGGUCACAAUAUUCCAGAGGUGGUGGAGCAUUCUGAUAUUGCCUACUGGUUAUCUGACAGCUGCACUCAGCAGGUACUCAGUGUCAAGGAAGAUAAGCGACUCCCUGAGCAUGUCAGACGGUUACUGUGUGAUGGAUACAUGUGCUUCUAUCAGAGUCAUGAUGUUCUCAUGUAUAGAGACAUCAAAGAAGAACCCUACAAGAAGGUCUAU